GUCAUCCACUGCACUGGCCAAGGCAUAUCUUCGAGCCUCGAGUUCUCGGAGACCCAGCUCGAUUUGGCAUCCAUCCCGGCAGAUGCAGCCACGAAGGAUUCCAUCGUCGUCCGAAAUGUCUCCAAGGUGCCGCAGAUGCUGAAUGUUCUGCUUCCACCCUUCGAGCUUAGUGGUUUGAAGAUGACACCGAUCUGCUUCACUCUUCAACCGAAGGAGUCGCAGCGACUGCAGGUGGAGUUUAAGCCUACGAAGGAGUAUGUAGACUUGCUGAAGAUGCCUGUGGAAGAGAAGCCCGAAGCACCCGAGGACGGUGCGGCAGCGCCUCCGGAUGGAGAGGAACCACCAGCGGAGGAGCCAGGCGAGAUGGAUGCCGAGGAGUACUCGCGGCACCAGAUGGAGGACAUCCGUGAGCAUGGCGGACGGCGAUGGGACGCUGAGGGCACCGUGCAUGGGUCUUGGCGUCUUCCCAUCUGCUUCAAGACAGCUUCCCAGGGGAUGCGCGAGGGUCGAGACCAGUUCUGCUACCUAAGCGUCAACACCUGUGUCUUGCCGAGUGUCCUGGCCAUGCAGCCACCGAUCUUAGACUUCGGCGAUGUAACAGCUGGCCAGAGGGCUCUCAGGCCCUUGGUCAUUACCAACCUCGCAGCUGAAGAGGGUGCACAGGAACUUCAGUUGGAAGCCCUCCCAGAGAAUCAAGGCUUUACCGUCCUGAACGCUCCCCGCGCGGUGGGAUCCAAGCCUUUCCAGUUCAUGGUGGAAUUCAAGCCCCAGCUGGUCCAGAUCUACCAGUGCUCACUGCAGAUGCGGACACAAAACACCCGCGUUCAGGUGCCUCUGAGAGGCAAAGGAGUGAGUCCGGUUCUAAAGAUCGAGCCCCAGGAUGGAGUGAUCCACAUGGGGGCCGUCAUCUACAACAAGGAGGCCAAG